AUGAAUGCUCCAGAUAGAUUUGAAUUAUUUUUGUUACCAGAUGGUGUGCCUAAAUUACAAAUAGAACCGGAUACAAAAGCACCAAACGCCAUUGUGAUAACGUUUGAAAAGGAAGAUCAUACCUUAGGUAAUUUAAUAAGAGCUCAGUUACUAGAGGACAAAGGUGUUUUAUUUGCUGCUUACAAAGUAGAGCAUCCGCUAUUCGCUAGGUUUAAAAUGAGAAUACAAACCGUUGAAGGGUAUGAUCCUAAAGAUGCUUUACAAAAUGCCUGUAAUAGUAUUAUUGGCCAAUUAUCUCAUUUACAAUCUAGUUUCGAAACAGAGUGGAAUUUACAAACCUUAGCUUCUGAUGAAGGCACUCUGGCUACCAACAUUAACGUAUGA